AAACUAUUAGUUAUUUGUUAAGUAUUUAAACCAGCGAUGUCGAAGGUUGCGAUUGUUCUGUUUGUUCUGGUAGGGAUUUGCCAUGGACUGGAUAUUGAAGCCGUAUUGGAGAGACUGGAAUCUCUUGAACGAAAAGUUGCAGGCCAGGGCCAGGUUAUAGCUGCCCAAGCCAAGCAUAUCGAAGAGCUUGAACUGAAAGUUAACCCCGACAAGCGACUGGUGUUCAAUGGAGAAGGACCCAUCGCGUUUACAUCACAAGUAUCUCCGCGCGUUGUGCGCCACAUGCACGACGGUGACGGCGUUAUAUUCGACCGCGUCCUCUUGAACGCAGGCGGCGGGUACAACAACGCCACAGGUUCUUUCACCGUCCCGUUGUCCGGCAUUUACCUAUUUGCUGUCUCUGUGUUCGACCAUAUGGCGACAGCAGCCACAGGUAACGCGAAGAUUCACGCCGAAAUCGUCCAGAACAACAGCACCAUCGGGCGCGUGUUCGCUCACGCAGAUAUGCACAACCGCGACCAAGGCGCCGAGACGGUCAUAGUCACAGUAAACACCGGCGACGUCAUAUGGGUGAGAGUUGUCGACAACAACGACCUGGGUCUCGGCGGGGAGUUCUACACGUCCUUUGCGGGCUACAUGCUUUGGCAGAUGUAGUUUCGUGACAUGGAGUGUGAACUUGACUCUAUAAUAAACAAAAAGCAUUAAUAAGAA